AUGCGGGCUGCUUGUUUGUCGCUUUCCUUCCCGCUUGCCCCCCCCGCUCUGCCGAUCGCCGUGCCCAGCCCCCUGACGUCCGCGAGGAAAUGGCGUCCCCAGCGGAGGAGGCGGGGGCGGAAGCGGCCGCGGGAGGCGGUGGAGCCGGGGCCGGGGCAGGCUCUGGCUGUGCGGGGAGCGGCCCCGGGGCGAGCGGGGCGAUCGCUCUUCGGUGCCGGGCACCCGCACCGAAUGGAGACUGACUGCAAUCCUAUGGAGUCGCCCAGUAAUACGGGAUUUGAAGAGGAUUCUGAUUAUAGAGACUUUGAAGGAACAGAUGUGAAAGAUAUGAGACUAGAAGCUGAAGCUGUUGUGAAUGAUGUUCUUUUUGCUGUCAGCAACAUGUUUGUCUCAAAAACCCUUCCAUGUGCAGAGGAUGUGGCGUAUAUCAAUGUGGAAACCAGGGAAAGGAACAGGUACUGCCUGGAGCUCACUGAAGCAGGACUCAGGGUAGUAGCUUAUGAUUUUGAUCAGACUGAUGACAGUUUGCAGACACCGUACCACGAAACUGUCUACUCCUUAUUGGACUCUCUCAGCCCUGCAUAUCGAGAGGUGUUUGGAAAUGCAUUACUACAAAGACUAGAAGCUUUGAAGAAAGAUCAGUCGUGAUUUACCCUGAAGUGAAGAUGUAAUAUUAGAAGGAAUUCUUAAUAUGAGGCACUGCAGUCUUUCUUACAAACACAGCCACAAACAUCUUAAGCUUAAUUUCUUGCAUUAACAUCUACUGCAUACUAGUACUGAUCUAUAGCAUUUUGCUUCAGAGGAUUUGUGUAUAUCACAGUGCUAUUGAUAAAUUGUAAAACUACUAAACUUAUUUUUUCUUUUUGUUGAAGGUAAGCAAGUAACUUGCUUCUCACAACAUUUAAAAAAAUUUGGUCUCUUUUCAAAGUGUUACUAUCCAAAACUCGAAAACACGUAGAGACUGAAUAUUACAGAGGCAAGUAGUAAUAUUUUUUUUUUUUUGGUGUAUACUUACUGAUCAUUGUCAUAUAUGCUUUUUAAAAUAGAAGUUAACUGUCUAAUUAACAUCUAGUAGUUGAAAUUGAUUGAGUAGAACAGGCAAUUAAGUUCUGUUUUAAACUGAAAGUUACUUUUUUUGAUUUGCUGUGCAUAAAUCUGAAAACUUUAAGCUUCAGUAGCAAGAAAGAUGGCUCUUGAACAGUUGAGUGUUGAUUAUAUAAUAACAGCAUCUGAGUUAAAAGGAAAGCUCAGUAUUGUUUGAUCUGUCCGUGUCUGUGGCAACCAACAAACUCCAAAGAGUGAAUGAGAUGUACUGCUACUAUAUGAAUGUACUGUCUGAAUCACAAAUGAGCUAAGCACAGAAGUAAAUUCGGAUGUAACAGGCUACAUUCCCUAAAGAUGAUGUUAUGUAUGAUAUAUAUGUAUGUAUGCUAUAUUGUAACUGUUUGGGAGGCUUGAAAGACAUUUUAGCCUGUUUACUGUUCUGAAUGUCUGUUUACAUGAUGUACAGGAUAUACCCAAGAGUAUUUUUGCUUCAGCCUUUACUUUCUAUAAUACAGUACUUUGGUACUCCUGUUUUUCAACUUUUCUCCCUCAAUUGUACAGCAUCCUCUCCUAAUGAAUAAUGAGUAAGCUCUGUAAUGUUACUUGCAUUGUAUUGGUUUGAAACCAAAGGUUGUAUGAAAUUUGCUAAGGCUAAUACAAGCUGGAAGACGUAACUUGUAUUUUCUACUUUAAAAAUGGUACAAAUCUCUUUAUAAAUUUAUUGUAUUGCUGUAACUUUUCAAGUACGUAUUGAAUGGUAGACUUUUUUUAAAAAAAUACUGUUGGCUAGAAAUACUAGAACUUCUAAACUAGCAUUUUGUGACUGUCAUACUUUUUGUAUUCUUGUAUUAUUCAGUAUUUGUGCAUCUUUAUUUAUUCUGCCAUGUUUAGGUGCUAAGUAUAUGCAGUAGCUUUCUUGGAGUCACACUUAUGAAUACAUCAGUUCCAGUGAUUUCAGUAGACCUAUAUUGACUUACACCUGCUGAGGAAUAAUCUAAUGGGAGAGGCCGCGUAGAGCUUUUAUAAUAGCUUUGGGGUAGUGAUGUUAUAACUAUGACUGAUGAGACAACUGCAGUCAGUGCUUCUGUUUUCUAGAGCUUGAUUUCUUUAUCUUGUUAGGUUGACACUUGGGAUGUUAAUCCUUUGCUCCAGGGUAUGAAUCUAUGCUCUAAAAAUUGUUCAUAGGCUCUCUUUUGCACACAGGUCUGUGGCACAUGGUUAGUCCUCUGUGAGGAGAAUGUACUUUACCAAAUUUAUAUUUGAAUAUUUUCCCUUGCAAUUAAUUUACUUGUUCUAUUUAAAUGACUAAAGCAUUAAACAAAUGCACCCACCAA